AUGGCUGAAAUUCAAUCUUCGAUCAACACGUCAAAAUACGGAUUGAAUCGGGAUGAUUGGAGGUUAUCCGAUAAGCAUGUGAUCACAAAAAUGAAAGGUUUAAUCGAAGCAUUGAAAAGUGAAGAAGUCGAUGCUGCUACCAUUCUGCCAAAAUUGAAUAUUGGUUGGGAUGCUAUGGUUCAUAUGUUUGGUGAAAGUGGUCGCGAUCGAUGUAAACCCGAAGUAGUCUCAACCUGGCUCUCUUUAUUGUUAACUUUGGCUUCGUCAAAGGGAGCCACAGGCGAAGCCAUUGCUUAUUCAUUUGCCAAAAGUUGUGGCGGUUGUAUGGUCUAUUCUAUUUUAACGACUGUCGGUUGCUUUCAUUCAGAACAAAAUGUGAAGUUAGCAUUUGAUUUCUUUCGUCAUAUCUUAGCUGAUGUCGACGGGAAAAUAUUAGAAUUGGACGAAGUACGCCGACUUUCUUCAUUAUCAGUUAGCAACAUUCCACCUCGGAGUGGUGGUACCAUGGGACGUGCUGCAUGUAUAGAAUUACAUUAUUACCAAUAUAUGAGUGGUACACAGAAGGAAACUCUCGAAACAUUGUCGAAUCUUAUUGAAGGACUUGGUGUAAUAUGUACUUCAAAGUCAUUUGUAAACGAGAUGAGAUCAAAUCCAUCUUCUACUAUCGAAAUACUCAAACAAAGUAUCAUGAGCAAAACAUUUUCAGAAACGUUUGCCCACAACAAAUGGCCAUAG